CGUUGGUUUCGUUUCGUGUCUGAAACCAUCCUCAAUGGCUUCAAUUCCUUGUGUUCUCCAGAAUCCGUUAACUUCUUCAGCACCCAUCCUCAACUCUUCUUCUUCACAUGGGUCAAACUCUAUUCCAAUCCUCUGCAAACUCACUCCUCAGUUUGUGGGUGCCCCCAGAAGCAGUAGCAAAGGGUUAGGAUGGUGCAGGCCCACCAGAAUUGGGACAACCUCCGGCUUUUCAAGAACCACUUGCUGGUUCAGGUUUGGUAAGAAUGGUGUGGAUGCUGAAGGUGCUGGCAUUUACGGUAGCCAAUCCCGUGAUGAUUUUGACAGUGAUGAUGUUGAACACUACUUCAAUUACAUGGGUAUGCUCGCAGUUGAGGGUUCAUAUGAUAAGAUGCACGCUCUUUUGAAGCAAAAUAUUCAUCCAGUCGACAUUCUGCUAAUGAUGGCUGCCUCAGAAGGUGACAAGCCGAAAAUUGAAGAACUAUUGAGAGCUGGAGCUGAUUAUACAGUCAAGGAUUCGGAAGGACGGACUGCCCUUGAUAAGGCUGCUAGUGAUGAAAUUAAGGACUUUAUCCUGGGGUUUUCAGUUCAAAAGGCUUGACCAAAUUCUUUCAUAUGAAGGCUUUUUGUAUCUUGAUUUCAUAGGACACGGUUUUUCUUCUUUUGAGUCGUUAUUCCCUGCUAAGCUUUCAUAUUUGAUGUAACUUUCUGUAAACGAAUUCUACGUUAGAUCAAGAAUCAUCAAAUGAUUUUGUACUGUGACUGACUGCUAGAGUUCCA